AUGAAGGCAAUUCUCAUAGACAAAUUCGUGGAAAGAGUCGACGAUGUCAAGAUAUCAGAAGUACCAAACCCCGAAGCGAAAGAUGAAGAGGUGCUCGUAAAGAUAGAAGCAGCAGGUGUCAACUUUGUUGAUUUAUUAUAUGCCCGUGGUAAACACCAAAAUAACCGCUCCCUCGUCACUCCCCCUUUCAUCCUCGGUCUCGAAUUCGCGGGCACCAUCCUAUCCUCUCCAUCUUCGGCCCAAUCCAGAUUUCCACCAGGCUCCCGAGUAUUUGGUGGCUCGAUUGGCUCCUACGCAACCCAAAUCAGCGUCAAGCCCUCCUCUCUCCAUCUCAUCCCCCAACAUUGGACAUUCGCUCAAGCAGCUGGGCUCGCCGCCACAGCACCAGUGAGCUAUGGUGCUUUGAUCCUUCGAGGCCGUCUGCAAAAAGGCGAGACAAUCCUGAUUCAUGCUGCAGCAGGUGGUCUUGGUCUCAUGGCCGUACAGAUAUCUAAGGCUGUUGGAGCUCGAGUGAUAGCCACAUAUCUUCAUCGUCCAAACUUGCUGUUGCGAAGAGAUUUGGUGCAGAUGACUGUGUAA